AUGAAAAAAAAUUUCAACUCGCAACUUAUUUAUUCAUACUAUAAUAAUUUUGCAGCAAACAAGUUUAUUGAGUAUGAGCCAGAAAAAAAAAAUACAAGUAGUAUGUACACAUAUGAAAAAAAUAGAAACAAUAAUGAAUAUAAUAAAAAUAAAAAAUUGUGUAACACAGAAAGGAAUAGUAAUUGUAGAACCCAAUUUAACAAUAAUAAUAAUAAUAGAAUAAAUAAAUCAUUGAAUUAUGAAGAUUUUGAAAAUAAUAAUGAAAAUGAAAGAUUAUAUUUUAAAGAAGAUAAUACAAUUUAUAGUGAAUUUAAAAAGUUGAAAAAUGAUAUCAUAGCAUUACAAAUUAUGAAUGUAAAUUUACAAAAACAAGUUUUAGCUAGUCAUGUUAUAAAUAAUUCAAAUGCAAUACCUCAGCAUAUAAUAAUAAAUAAUAAAACUGAAGUUGCAUCAAAUACUCUUAAUCAAGUUCAAAACAGUAAUAAUAAUAAUAAUAAAAAGAAUGGUCUUAUUUAUAUGUUAUUAAAAAAAAUAUUAAGUAGUAAAAUAAAUCAAAUGCUUAUUGUCUCAUCCUUUUUUAUUUCAAUUUACAUUGCUCAUAAACAUUGGAAACGUGCAUUAAAAAUAGCAGAACUUCAAUCGAAAGUAAAUUCAAACUUUAUUCUUAAAAGUGUCAAAACAAUAGAAGAGUUAGUAGGAAUUCGAGGCCGCUAA